ACGUCAUAGCAUAGUUCUUCAUACUAACAUGUGAAUCAAUUGAAGUUGAACGGGUUGGGUCGAAUAGUUUCGUUUAUCGUUUAGUUGUUCAAUUGUAUAGUGUAGCCACUGUGUUGUGUUUUGUAUUAAUGUUAUUAGUGUAUAAAUAUGUAAACGGGUUCUUUUUAUUGGUUUCUAAAAGAAACUUAUUGUGCUUUUAAUUGCAUUAAAUGAUAAUUAAUUCAUAAACCGGUUCCCAUGACACUCAGUGGUGUAUUACGGAGACAAUAUUUUAUUUACAAUGGAAUUUUCAUUUAGCAAACUAAAGAAUAUUUUAAAUACAAAGAGGGACGGUCAGCUAGCUGGCAGCGGUAGUUUAGAGCCCGAGAUUGGGUUUAAGUUGUCCUUACACCCCGUUGCUAAGACUUUGUACGUGACAGUUAUCGGUGCACGACACCUUCCAUCCUUGUUUGGGUUGAGUCGAGCCCAUGGAUACCUAGCUAAGGUGAAAAUUUUUCCUGGUGAUAGUAAAUAUGAAACAACAUUGCAAGAAAGCUCGUGGCCUAUAUGGAAUGAAGAUUUUACGUUUCAACUUAAACAAAAAGACCCUAAGAAUUCGCAGAAGCCUGACCUUCAAUCUCUCGUAGCCGGCCAUUUUUUGUCGUUAACUAUAUAUGCAGUACUAGAACCAGCUAAACAGGAGUCAGAAAAACGAAAAAGCAGUAAAUCUUUACAAUCUAAAAAUACUAAAGUAUCAGGCCAGGAAGAAACAAAGGCUAAGGGUGGAUUUCUUGAAAAGACGUUCAGCAGUUUCAAAUCAACUAAAGCUGAAGCUGUAGCUCAAAAAUCUGUUCUUGAAAAACGAAGGACACUGGGCGCCGCUACAUGGAAUUUUGAUUCUAAAUUGUUCCAGAAUGAUCUUAAGAACGGUUUAAUUGGUACGCCGGAUAUUUGGAGGCCGAUCAAUGCUAUAGCUAGUGGCCUGUCAUCUUCAGAUUCACGGAGAGAAAACAAAAAGGGCCAGUUAGAAGUGACAUUGCUGUACACGGGCAGUGAAAACGGAUUUAAUGAUACGGUGCAGUUGACUAUCAAUCGACUGCGAACCAGUGUGCAGACUAUGCACGAGCAAGAACAAUUCAGAGCGCCGCUAUAUUUAAAAGCUACAAUCUUGGAAGCAAACAAAGCGGAGUGCUACUGGAAGAGUGAUCGAUUUGAACCAACAAUAUCAGCAAGAUGGGAUCCCAAAACUGCGACUGUUAAAUUGACUGUUUUUAAAGCUAAUUUAGAUAAAGUUAGCAUUUACAUAAGUCUUGGUUGCAAACUGAAAAUGGGAAAAAAGAAAUACUGGGCAAAGCAACGAUAGACACCGAAUCUCCGUACGCGGAUAGCUGGAGAGAAUGUCUUACGAAGCCCGGUAUACCCAAAACGUUUUGGGUUAAUUUUGAUUAGAGGAUAACAAUCUUUGGACUCGAGAUUAGGAUUUUGACUAAAUAAUAAUAACUCGUUGAGAGUUAUUUCUUUUGACUGUUUAGGUUUUCAGCUGCUUUUAAUUGUAUUACGUUGUUGUUAUAAUUUAAUUAAAAUAUUUGUAUACAGGGUGAAAUUGAAAACAUUGUUGUCCUUUUUAAUGUUUUAUCAUUAUAAUUGAAUAUUCCAUAGAAACGUAGAAUGUUCAAAAAAUUACACUGUUCAUACUGACAAGGCGCUUUAGUUGUCACGUUAGUUUGGGAGAUUCAAAAUGGUUUGUUAUUUGUCGACCAUUCUUUCUUUUAAAAAAAUGUUCAGAUUUGCUAGUAUAACGCUUUUUUUUUAUUUCAGCUUGUAUAAAUUAUAACAACUGUUGUGAUUAUAUUUUCUAAACGAUAAAAAUUAAUAUUUAAUAUUGUUGCUUAAAUCACAUAGUUUUGUAAGUUUUUAUACGUGCAGCACUUUGAAUUUUUGUAACUUACGUAUUAAAUUAUAAUUAAGUAUAACAGAUGGUAUAUUUUAUUAUAUUAUUUACCCUCGAGAUAAGUAACAAACAAAUUUAUCGAAUAUUUUUUUGUAACGAAAUUAAAAGAAUUAAAAUCCAGACAACGCUGACCCGUUCUAUCUCAUGCAUGCGGCAGCGACGUGUGUGUCGAUAUAUUUGUUUGCUAUUAGUAUAGAGGAGUUGUUUGAUUUUAAAUACUUAUUAUAAUGUAAAAUAUGUAGGUCGGUUACUGACAUAUAUUAAAGAAACAUGUUUGCUAAAAUGUUUACAUCAUUUCAUACCUAAUCUAACCGACAAGAGAAGCUUGCAGACAGCUCACGUUACACGUAUUUAACGAUAUAAUAACGUACAAUGUGUUUUUUUUUCAUAGGCAGAUAUUAUUUUGCUGUUGAUUUUGAAUUUUUUACCUAAUAUCACGCAGUUUCAAUUGUUUUGUGAUUGUUGCUUCCCUUGUUUAUUAGGCGGUACAAAAACUUUCUUAUAUAUAUUUAUUUAAGGUCCAUUGUAAGAUAUUAUUAUUUUUCUAAGAAAGAAUACAAGUAUAAGCUCUCUUUUUUUGUAACAUAAUUAAUAUCACAAUGUAGUCUUAAGUGAAGAUUAUAUUAUAUACUAUGUUAAUCAUGUUUUUCAAUUAUGGUUAUAAAAUUCCUUUAAUUUAACAGUAAAUAUUGUAGUUACUAGGUGUAAACCACAUUUCAAGAUCUACUAGAUUCCACCCUAGUACCUAAGGAGAAGUUUGUUCAUACUCACCCCCUUUCUUAUGGAUGGAUUUAUAAAAUUAACCGCACUUGGAGAACUUGUACCUACAAGUCUGCUUAAAACUUUCAAAUUCUACGUUACUACGAACUUUCACAUUUCUGAUAUGAAUUUUGUGUAACUGUAAGUUAAAGGUACUAAGAUAAUUAUGUUAUUUGUAUAAUGUUAGAAUUUUGUAUUAAAUAGGUAUGUAAGUUAUAUAUUUGUUACAUAUUAUUUAUCUCUUAAUAUCUAUUUAGGUAUAUAAUAUAUUGUAGCCUAUGUGUAUUGCUUUUAACUGCCUUUUGUUAUCUACAAAUGUUACACCCGAUCGGUCAGGCCGAUCUCUUUUUAUUAUAAAACGGAUUAGUUACAAUCCAGAUACAAUCAUUCAAUUCUGUCCAAAUUUUUGAUAUUUUUUUCUUCAAAUCGAAUUCCUUCAUUUUUACUCAAUCACAAAUUUGUGUCGAUUUUAACAAUAUUUUACCUUCAUAUAUGGUAUAUUCUAUAGAUUUAUAUGCCUACUUAUUGCCGUACGAUUUACUAAUAAAAAAAUUGUUAAAAAUUUACUCAAAUUCCUUAGCACCGUUUUAUCUUUCUAUAAAUUUCGUAAACCCAAAAAUUAUUACUCAAAGUUUUGAGAAAAAUACCAAAUCUGGUAAUAUUGUGUGCGAUUGACCAACUUGCCUACUAUAGUCUACUUCAAUAAAACUUAAUAAUUUUUUUUUUAUUCCAGUAAACUAACUAAAAGCAUUUUUGCCUACUCAUUUUUUUUUAUUUUAUGCUCAGUUCCGAAUGCAAUUGCAGCUGAGAAGAACGGGCAAGAAACUCAGCUGUUGAUUUUUAUAAUAAAAGUUAUGUAUAUAAAAUGAA